AUGCCGUCCUCCUCCUCGAUCCCUCCUGCCGCUGCGAAGCAGCUCAGCAGUGCCGACGUCGUCGCCGCGAGUACCUCCCCGCGGACGGCCGCAGGCCCAAACCAACCUCCUCGCGGGCUUCUGGCUUUGCCCACCGAGAUUCUCCUCACAAUAUUCGGAUACGUCCUGGUGGAGGAGGACAGGCUAUCGCCAAGCUUGACAAGGUCUCGGAGGGAGGAGCCUGUAUUGCGGGCACACCCCCGCAUCCUCUCAACACAGACUGCGCCUCCCAAGGCAAGAGUUCUCAUGCCAAUGCUCGAGAUCUUGAGUAUAGGCUUGGUAGUGAAGCGGCUGCUUCCAAUCGUGCGAGAGGCCUUCUUUGGAAAGAACCGCUUCGACUUGUCCUUCGGCCAGAAGUGGCUAAGCGGCGUCCAUCCAGAUCUCCAGACCCUCAUCCACGACGUUGAGAUAUGCGUCUCGAGCUUCGGCAUGAACCAUCUCCCGCGGUCAAGCGUUGACUUCUCCCAACAUCACUUGAAGAUUAGGAGACUACGCGUGCUAAUCUCUGCCCGCGCGUUCGAGUGGCACGUCUACCACCCUAGACAACAAGGAGGACAGACAUCUUGGGACCAUGUUUUUCGCACUGCCCCUGAAGUUCGUGCUCUCAGCGGAUUGCGUGACGUUGGGGAAGUCACGGUCGACUUCAAAUAUCCUUCUAGGUUGCUGUUCAUUGCGCCAGCUCCAGGUUGGUUGUUGGCGCAGGCAACCUGGCUCAAGAACACCAUGGAGCAGGAUUAG